CCCUAAGCGUUAUUGUAUAAAAUUGCUACUGUUUGAGUUUAUACCGUCCGUUCCAUUGACGUUCUUAUGUAAUCUUGAAAUGUAAAUGAAAUCAAACUGAAACCGUUUAUUCACUGGACUAAGUCGUAAAAGUUUAGUUUAUGUACCCAAAGCGAAACCAUGUGUUUUAAACAGAAAUUGUUUACAUUGAUUUACGCAACUAGACGAUUGCUAAGUUGCAGUUUGUAAAAUUUUAAUGAAAUUUGGACUUAUUAUAGAAACUUAUUUUCUUUUCUUCUAAAUAAACAUUUUCUCUUGUUAAUAUUUACGUUCAUUGUACUAUACUCAUCAGAUUUAGUUUAUUUUAAACUAGAGGGAUUAAGAUCAUCUGGAAAAACUAUUUAUCUUUACUUUCGAAGAUAUUAUAACCCGGAUUGUAGUAUAAAAUGACUGCUGCUGCUCAAAGGACUCCUGUUAGUCUUCUCUUUUCUAUGAGCAUUCAACAUGGUUGGACUGCUGAAUAUGAAUUGACUUCAGUUGAAGGAGCAAGUCAUGACCCCACCUUUACAUACGAAGUCAAAGUUCAUGAUGUUACUGCCCAAGCUUCUGGUCAGAGCAAGAGAAAGGCUAAGCAUUCUGCUGCAAAACUUGCUUUAGAACAACUUCUCUCUCGUCCAGAUAUUGCUGAAAAGGGCUUCUUGUUUGAGAGCACUUCUGUUACUGCUGAAAAUCUCGAUGAAAUUAUCAUGGAACCUGUAUCAGAGGCAGCUCCUGUUGGUGGAGAUACCAAGAAUUCUAUUGGAAUGUUGCAGGAAUAUUGCACAAAACAUAAUAAAAUGCCACCAUAUUAUGAAACGAUUAAUGAGUCUGGGCCACCUCAUGACAAGAUAUUCCUUGUACAAUGCAUGGUUGAACAGUUUACUACUGAAGGUGAAGCGAAGACUAAACGACUUGGUAAAAGAAUUGCAGCUGAAUUGAUGUUGGAACAAUUAAAAAUUUAUGAAGAUAUUUCAAAUGAAGAAUCAAAAGAUAAUAAAACUCCAAAGGAUGAGUGUGAAAAUAUUACAAUGGAUGAGUGUGAAGAUAGUACAGUUUCACAAUUGUGUAAAGAAACAUCCUCUUGUACACUGUCUGAUUCUGGCACUAAAUCUACCUCCGAAGAAAACAAUUUAGUGAAUACCGAUAUGAUUGUUGAAAAUCAACAAUGAUAAAUACUAAUAUAAACUUAUAAAUCUGUGAUGCUUAUUAUCCUAUGAUUGUUUGUCUCUGCGUAUGUGUGUGUUUUUUUUUUUUUAUUAUUAUUGACGCAAUAUUAAUCAGUUUUAUACAACUUUAAAACUGAUGUUAUUCAUUUACCUAUUAUUGUAUAUUUUAAGCAUUUAAUUUACAAAACUAGAAUAGCUCUGUAGUCAAUGUUUGAUGUUCCAAAAGUGACGACCAUUUAGAAAAAUUGUGAAUCAUGAUAAGUGUUAAAAAUUUUUAAAUAUCACGUGUAUGUCCUUAACCCUUUAUUUACUCAAAUUUUUUUUAACAUCUGGCUAGUUGGUAAGUUCAAAAGAAAUUUUCCUAUGUAUGAACAUAUAAAAAAAAAUUCUGUGAAUAAGAUCAGUCAGAAAAUUAAAAAUUUCUAUGCCGAGCAUAGUUUCCCCAUUAUAUAACAUUAAGGGUGCACAUUGUUUUUUGAAGAAUGGCUGCAAAAAAAAUUUUAUUUUUUUAAGGGCUGCAGCUCAUAAAGGUUUUGUAUCAACUUAAAAAAACUUAAUUAUUUAUUGUAACUUAAUUAUUAAGAACAAUAUCAAUUAAUCAUAAUUAAAAAAACAAAUUGUAUGUUUAAUAUUUUUGAAUUGAAAAGACACUUGAAGUUUUGUGUGCUUUGCCUUCUUCAAUAAAAUUGAUUUAUAGCAAGUUUUUAUCUGUCUUUGCUAAGAAAUUAAUUUUAAUUUUUAAUAUUUUCUUGCUUAUAUUUUACAAGGUG